AUGUGGAUGUCUGAUAAAUUUUAUGAAUCCGACGAGUUUGAUAAAUUUGAUAAACUUAAUGAGCCUGAUGAAAAAUUAAAAAUAAUUAGUGAAUUUAUGGCUGCUGAUAAGCUUUCAAGAACUUUGCCAGAAUAUCCUGAUAUCGCAUACACAAGUAAAUUUAUUAACACACAUAAGAUUGCUCAACUUUAUAAAAAAAGAAGCGAACAACUUAGCGUAAAAUAUGAAAAAGGUGAUUAUAUUUUAAAGUUUUUGCUUUAUUUAAUAUAUGCUAAGAUUGAUCUGUCAAUAUAG